ACCUGGAGGCAGUUCACUUAUAGGUGAAUAUCUGAGAGGCAUUAAUCCAUAACUCUUCCACCGGGGCACCAGGCACCAAGAUGUGGCUCCGUGUUGCUCUCUCUGCAGUUCUCGUCUCUUCCAUUGUGGGUACGAGAUCGUUGCUGCAGCUUUGAGCCCUGUGUAUUCAUACAUCCAUGAGAGGUGUAGGGCUGGGUGGAGACGGAAGGAAGCUAACUUGGCAUUGGCUGUCUCUUGUUCUAGGAGAGCAAGAAGGUCUUCAGGGACCUCUCAAACAGUUCCUGAAGUGGCUGGGGUCCAUUAGAAACUGAAGCUGCUGUCCACUGCCUUCCUCGCUUCUUGGAGCAGAAGCCAAGAGAAAGCUGUUUGAAGGCACUCUCCGCAUUCACAUAUCAGUUGAAGACUAGCAGUUGGAGGUUUUCAAUGUCGAUUGUGAGUCUCCCUCCGAUGGACGGGGAGAAUUGCUGUCUGGGGUCUUGAGAAACCCUAUCCGGUUUUCAUUCCCUGUGUUGAAUGGCAUUUACUUCAGCAGCCCACUGAGGGCCCUUUUACUUGGGAUUCUGAACUUGUAACCCGGAAUUCAGGCUGGAAAGAUGCUGAGUUCCAUCAAGUGUGUGUUGGUGGGAGAUUCUGCUGUGGGGAAAACCUCUCUGCUGGUGCGCUUCACUUCAGAGACCUUCCCGGAGGCCUACAAACCCACGGUGUAUGAGAACACAGGUGUGGACGUCUUCAUGGAUGGCGUCCAGAUCAGCCUGGGCCUCUGGGACACAGCGGGCAACGACGCCUUCAGAAGCAUCCGCCCCCUGUCAUACCAGCAGGCAGAUGUGGUGCUGAUGUGCUAUUCUGUAGCCAACCAUAACUCAUUCCUCAACCUGAAGAACAAAUGGAUUGGUGAAAUCAGGAGCAACCUGCCCUGCACACCUGUGCUGGUGGUGGCUACUCAGACUGACCAACGGGAGAUGGGCCCCCACAGGGCUUCCUGCGUCAAUGCCAUAGAAGGAAAGAAACUGGCCCAGGAAGUGAGAGCAAAGGGCUAUCUGGAGUGUUCAGCCCUUAGCAACCGAGGGGUUCAGCAGGUAUUUGAGUGUGCCGUCCGAACUGCCGUCAACCAAGCCCGGAGACGCAACAGAAGGAGGUUCUUCUCCAUUAACGAGUGCAAGAUUUUCUAGCUUCCCGGAGACCUGGCCCACACUCACUUACUCACUCCCAAAGACUAAAGGGACAGGGAGAGCAGACAGGCCGGCAAGGACUGAUGCUCUUUCUAGAUAUAUCCUGUGCAGCACUUCCUUUCGGAUACAGUUGUUGAUGAGACUUGGCCGCUGGCUGUUUUUAUGAAAUACACUCUAGAAAUGAACCUCUUGCCUAGUCCAAAUACAAGGUCCUAUAAUGAAGACUCCAUCUUCGAUUAAAAAACCAAAAUGGUCUCCAUACUUUUGGACAAUGAAGUGAGUUUUUCAAAGAAUUCCAUAUUUAAAGACACAUUUUAUUUAAAUAAUAGGGAAAUGUAUAGCUCUUGUAUAUAAUUAGUUUUUGCAUUUGGAAAGUCUUUCCCUACGUGCUCCCAUACACACAGUGUAACCCUAUUGGGGCUCUCCAAAGGUCUGUAGUGUUUUCCUCUGAAGUAGUAAUUUUCUUGACACCACUUGCCUGCUGGAUAUUACCAGGUAAUCAAAUUUUAAAAUGACCACAACCUGAUCCUUGCAAUUAAUUUCUCACCCACCUGUCAUUCAGCGUUGUACAUAAAAUACAGUUCAAUAACAUAAUAUUCCUCAAUGCUGCUUAAUUAAAAAUUAACAUUUUAAAUAGCUGUCACUCAAUUUCUCUGUGAUUAUAUAAAAAAGCAUUUAUUUAUGAUACUACCUUUUGCCCAAAGAACUCCAGUUAUAGAUCAAGCAUUCCUCCCUCAUUUGCCAAAAUAGAUGGAAGGAAAAGCUUCCAGGUAGGAAACCAGACUGCUCAUGUGGAGCAGAAGUGAGGAAAUCUCACUUUCGUUUCAGAAACUGGUGUCUGCUUCUUCUCACACCAUGGUUCCUAUUUGGGUGUAGGUCUUGAGAAGAAGAGUGAGCCCAAAUUUUUGUGUGAAGGUAACUUAGCAAAUUUGCUAUUUGAGUGCUCACCUGAGCUGGUGUGGCAACAUCAUGUGUUAAUUUUAGGAUCCAAUCCAAGUAAUUGGGAAGGUGUUGACCUAUAUGUAUAUGUGUGUAAGGGGGGAAAUGGUGGAACUUAUAAUUUUUACUAUUUCAUGAAUGUGAAGCACUCGGGUGAAAAAAAAAUGCAGAAUCCAAACAUAGGGAACAAGCAAACUGCACCGCAAUAGCUAGGAUAAUAAAAAGUUAUUGGGGGAAAUACUGAAUAUAGGAGGAUACAUCCCCACCCCACCCCCAUUCCCUGUUCUAUCUAAUAGUCAUAAAGCAAUGAUCUCGUUCAGCUGUUAAAGUUGGGAAUAGAGGACGAUGUAACUUGAGAGAGAACUUGUGACUGCAGGCACCCAGGUGUAUCAUUUGCUUAUCUAACCUAAUAAAACUUAGAACUGCUCUGAACCACA